AUCCUUCCUCGUUCCUUCUUUUCACGUCUAUCGAGCAACCCACUCCGUCUCCGUUGUUUCGGUCAAUGGAAUCAAUUUUCCCAGGAAAAUUUCUUAAUUUUCUCACCUUCCUCUUGAUUUACCAACCUUUCUGAACUCGAAUCGGAUCUCGAUUCCUCCCUGUAUCCGGCGACUCAAAUAGAUCCCCGAAAGAAGAAUCUCUCCGCUUUCUCCAUCGAUCGAUCAUCUCAUCGUGGGUAUCGAAAUUUUACAAGCUGAGCUGUGAAUUUGGGGACGGAUGUCGAAUUUUCAGAGUAAUUUCAAUCAGAAGAUAGAUUAUGUGUUCAAGGUGGUGUUGAUCGGGGACUCUGCGGUGGGGAAGUCUCAGCUCUUGGCUAGGUUUUCGAGGAACGAGUUCAGUAUCGAAUCGAAGGCUACGAUCGGCGUCGAGUUUCAGACAAGGACUCUGACAAUCGAUAGUAAGACCGUCAAAGCUCAGAUUUGGGACACAGCUGGUCAAGAACGAUAUCGAGCAGUUACAAGUGCUUACUACCGAGGAGCAGUAGGGGCAAUGCUUGUCUACGACAUAACGAAGCGACAGUCAUUCGAUCACGUGGCAAGAUGGUUGGAAGAACUGAGGGGACACGCCGACAAAAACAUAGCGAUUAUGCUUAUAGGAAACAAGACGGAUCUCGGGACACUACGUGCUGUUCCCACCGAGGAUGCGAAAGAAUACGCUCAAAGGGAAAGCCUCUUCUUCAUGGAGACAUCGGCCCUCGAUGCAAGUAACGUCGAGCCAGCUUUCCUAACGGUUCUGACAGAGAUUUAUCGGAUCGUGAGCAAGAAGAGUCUUGUUGCCAACGAUGAAGGAGAGACAGGAGGGAACUCUUCGUUGCUGAAAGGAACAAAUAUAGUUGUUCCUGGAGAAGAGACACGGUCUAAAGGGACAGGAUGUUGUGGAACAUCCUAAACCUCUUCCUGAACCAGAAGUCUGUGUGUUUUUCCACUUUUGGUUUUUUCUUUCUUCCCUUAAUCUUGUGACUCUGUGCUUUUUCUGGUUAAAUUUAUAAAAAUGGUAAUCAGUGUAACUAAUCUCUGUAUGUUUUAACGAUUCAUUGCCUUAGCCAUACAGAUUCUGUGGACCACCUCA